AUGCAUCUCCUCUGUGUGAAUCUUCAUCACGUCUCAACCGUGCAUGCUACAAUCCACUGCAGUGGCAUCUAUCGGUAUGCUCGAGAAAAAUCGCGCGAGUUGGACCACUUCAGUGAGGCCGAAUGUGUUUACUCGAGCUACCGCUACGGCCUGCGUCGGCGACAACUGCGCUUCUGUAGGGACGAACGACGUCGGUACGCCAUGCACGCUGCGCUCAAAUCGGCCCAGGCCGUCGCCUACUAUUGUCCCCGAACCUUCCGCGAUCGACGCUGGAAUUGCACCUCCAUCAGUUACCUGCCUCUGGUCACGCCGGAUCUGAGACGAGGUCAGUCCCUGUUUAACUCAGCCUCACCACCGAAACCUCUCGGUUAA